AUGGUGUUAGAUUUAGAUCUAUUUCGACAGGAUAAAGGUUUUGAUCCUGAAAAAAUACGUGAAAAUCAAAAGAAACGUUUCAAGGAUGUAGCUUUAGUCGAUUUAGUUGUGGAAAAAGACAAAUAUUGGCGACAGCUGCGUCACCGUGCUGACAAUUUAAAUAAAGUUAAAAAUUUAUGUAGCAAGGAAAUCGGUGAAAAAAUGAAAAAGAAAGAGCCUGUCGGCAACAGUGAUGAAGUACCUGAAGAAAUUGCUAACAAUUUAGAUAAUCUUAUAUCCAAUGAUCUUAAACCAUUGACUGUCAAACAGAUCAAAAGUAUUCGUACUUUGAUUGAUACUGCCAUUCAACGUAAUGACGAAAAUUUAAGUUUAACAGAAUCUGAAAGAAAUAAUGCACUUAGAGAAGUAGGCAAUCAUUUACAUGAAUCUGUACCAGUCAGUAAUGAUGAAGAAGAAAAUAAGAUAGAAAGAACUUACGGGGAUUGUACUGAGAAAAAGAAAUAUUCUCAUGUAGAUCUGAUACAUAUGAUUGAUGGAAUGGAUGGCGAACGUGGAACUUUAGUUUCCGGCGGAAGGGGAUAUUUUUUGACUGGACCUGCAGUUUUUCUACAACAAGCGCUUAUAGAUUUAGCCUUAAGAAAAUUACUUGAAAAAGAUUAUAAACCUUUAUAUACUCCGUUUUUCAUGCGCAAAGAUGCAAUGCAAGAAGUAGCGCAACUUUCUCAAUUUGAUGAGGAAUUAUAUAAGGUCAUCGGUAAAAGUAGCGAACGUAAUGAAGAUAAAGACAUGGAAGAAAAGUACUUGAUAGCUACAUCAGAGCAACCAAUUGCUGCCUUUCAUCGGAAUGAAUGGAUUCCUGAAAAUGCUUUACCUGUAAGAUAUGCUGGAAUUUCUACUUGUUUUAGACAAGAAGUUGGAUCUCAUGGGCGUGAUACCAGAGGAAUUUUCAGAGUUCAUCAAUUUGAAAAGGUAGAACAGUUUUGUUUAACUUCGCCUUAUGAUGACAAGUCAUGGGAAAUGAUGGAAGAAAUGAUCAGCAAUGCAGAAGAAUUUUAUAAAGAACUCGAAAUUCCUUAUCGUAUUGUGAAUAUUGUCUCUGGUGCUCUUAAUCAUGCAGCUUCUAAAAAACUCGAUUUGGAAGCAUGGUUUCCUGGUUCUGGCGCAUUUCGUGAACUUGUAUCCUGCAGUAAUUGUUUAGAUUAUCAAGCAAGAAGACUUUUAGUUAGAUAUGGUCAAACUAAGAAAAUGAAUACAGCAACUGAUUAUGUCCAUAUGUUAAACGCAACAAUGUGUGCAGUUACUCGUGUUAUAUGUGCAAUUUUGGAAGUACAUCAAACAGAAACUGGUAUUAAAGUACCAAAAGUUUUAUCUCGUUUUAUGCCUUCCAAAUAUGAUGAAGAAAUUCCUUUUGUCAAGCCUGCUCCAAUUGAUGAGGCUGAAACAAAAAAACAAAAGAAAACAAAAGAACAUGCUGCAUAAUAAAUUCAACGGGGCUAUAGAAAAUUAUGCAUUUUUAUCAAUUGUAUUUAUUAUGUUUAAUUAAGACAUAGGAUAAAUAUAAAUAAUGUAUAAUUUAGAUUAUGCACUUUUUAUAAUUUUAUUGCUACAAUGCUUAUAAAAAAUUCUCUUUAACUCAAAAUGAUGAAAGCCUUGCAGCAAAAAUAAAAUAUUACAAUAAACUUGCUAUUCUGCCAUAUAAACAAA